UGAAUUCAGUCAACAGGAAGCAGAGAGCUGAAUGGAGUGUGUUGUGGAGGUGUGUGUUCCGCAUGAAGCCGACACACACACACACACACACACACACACACACACACACGCACAUACACACGCACACACACGGAGUUAAAGAAGCCUCGGCCGCGGACUCUCCGACACCCGCUGCAGCAUGGACGCGCAGUUGCUGAUUGGCUGGCAGCACGAGAGGGCGGAGCUUCAGCAGGAAGUGACGCGACUGCAGGAGGAGCUGGCCGAGAGCCAAGCAGACAGACAGGCACUGCAGGCCCGCAGCCGCGCGCUGAGCGACAGGCUGUGUCAGUCGGUGUGUGAGGAGAGCGAGCAGAAGGAGUGGAGGAAGAAGGUGAGAGACGGGCGAGAGAGAGAGGCUCGACAGGCGCUGCUCAUCCACCGUCUGCAGAGCAAGGUGUUGGAGUACAGAGAUCGCUGUCAGAGUCUAGAGCAUCAGCUGCAGACUGAAGAGACAGAGCUGCUGCACCAAGAGAGGAGGAUCAGAGAUGAACACAGUGAUUCUCUGGAGAGCGCCCUCAUCAGGCUGGAGGAGGAACAGCAGAGGUGUGUUGGUCUGGUUGAGAUGAACGCCCUUCUCAGAGAGCAGCUCAGCCAAUCAGGGCAGGCCAACCAGGCGCUGCGGGAGGACCUCCAGAAGCUGACGGCUGAUUGGACGAGAGCUGUGGAGGAGGCGGAGCAGAGAGAGUGCGACUGGCAGAGAGAGAGACAGUGUCUGUCAGGUCAUGUGGGUCAGGAGCAGGCCAGGCUGCUGUCUGUGUGGAGAGCUGUGGUGACUCUGAGACGCCACUGUCACACCAUCAAGACUGCUGCAGACAGGGACCUGUGGGAGCUGCGGGCACACUUCUCUCGUCUGUCCUCCUCUCUGCUCUCCAGCUGCGACUCCUUCACCUCCCUCAGCUCCUCCCUGCGUCCCCUCAGCCCCUCGCCUGCACCUCCUGCCGCCUCGUCCCUCCCUCCCCCGCCCCUCUCCUCCACGCUGGCCCUGCCUCCUCUCUCCUCCUCCACCCUGGGCACCUUCAGCCUCGGGGAGCUAGAGCACAAAGAGGAGGAGGAGGAGGAGGAGGAGGAGGAGGAGCAGAGGAGGGAGGAAGAGGAGCAGAGGGAGAUCUCAGAGCUGAAGAUUCUCCAUGAAAGAGAAGUUUUACAGCUGAAGGAGAAGAUAGAGGAGCUGUCUGUCUCUCUGCAGGCAGACAGGCAGCGGGAGGAGGAGACAGACAGAGUCCUGCAGUCUGUCCGUCAGGCUGUGAUCAGGCUGUCCAGAGCUGUGUGCAGCAGCACUGCAGUCAGUCUGGAUCAGGACGUGUCCUCCCUGCUGGCUGUGCUGGCUCAGGCUGAGAGCGCCCUCCUCAGGACUCAGCAGGACCUGCAGGGGGCGGAGCUCUCGCUGAGGCGGCUGGCUGAGGAAAACGCAGCUCUGCAGAACAGAGUCACACAGCUGGACGAGGACAAGCAGCAGCUGCACACACACACACAGCACACACAGCAGGAGCUCACACACACUCAGGACAUCCUGAACAGGGAGCGGGAGGUGCUGGGCUCCCUGCAGAGCCAGCUGGAGGAGGUGCAGAGCAGGGAGGAGGAGGUGAAGAGGGAGAACGACAGGCUGAGGAGGGAGAGACAGCGACAGGAGGAGAGGAGCUGUGAGCUGGAGAGAGAGACACUCAGACGAGUGGAGAGUGAGCUGCUGCACAACGUCCAGCUGAGUGAGAGAGAGAGCUGCAGCCGCAUGGAGAUACACACCCUGAAGGGGGCGCUGCAGAGAGAACAGCUGGACCGGCAGAGGGCCGAGGAAGAGGCCGCUGAUGCCAAAGACGCCCUGCACAAGGCCAGGGAGUGUGUGUUGCGUCUCUCGUCCAGUGAGUGUGUGUUGAAGCGGGACGUGGACGAAGGCCGCGACGCCCUGGACAAGAUGGCCGCCAUGAACCAGGCGCUGGCCUCCGACAAGAGAGAGCUGAGCCAGCAGCUGCUGCAGGUGGAGUGUGAGCUAUCAGAGAGCCAAUCACAGCUGGUGGUUUUGAGGUCAGAGGUCAGCUGUCUGCAGAGAGAGGUCAAAGCCCUGAACCUGGACUACAGCCAGCUCAGGGCCCAGAGCGAGGCGGAGCGGGACGUCCUGCAGCAGCUGAGAGAGAGAGAGACGGAGAUGGAGAGAAUAAUGGAGGAGAGGGAGACAGAGCUGGUGGCCCUGACGGAGGAGAGAGAGAGGGAGGGCAGACAGCUGGAGGAGCUGGCGUUGCAGCACAGCGGGGUGUGUGCGGAGCUGAGGGAGGUGCAGCAGCAGCUGAGCCAGGCGCUGGAGGAGAACAGGAGGGGAGGCCGGCAGCAGGAGGAACAGCAGAGGGAGAGGAGCCUGCUGCAGGAGGAGCAGGCCGCCCUGCACAGACAGAGCGAGCAGCUGGAGGAGGAGCUGCAGGAGCUCAGGUCUCUGUCAGUGUCUCUCCACCAGCAGCUCAGUCAGAACCAGAAGCAGCUGUCGGAGUCUCAGGUGGACAGGAGUCAGUUGCACACACACAUACACACUCUGCAGCAGGCCAAGCUCGCCCUGCAAGGGGAGCUGGAGUGUCUGAGAGCAGAGCUGGAGAGAGAGACUGCUGAGAGACGGCAGGAGGAAGAGAAGACAGAGAGGAGCGACAAGGAGAGGGAGGCGCUGAGCGAGGAGGUGCAUAGACUGAGGCAGGAGGUGCAGGAGCUGAGGAGGAGGAGCAGAGAGGAAGAGGAGGAGAGGACGGAGGAGAGGAAGGCCUGGCAGAGAGAGAGGGAGCAGCUAAGCCAGGAGCUGGGGGCGAGAGACGGAGAGGUGGAGGCCCUGAAGAGCAGGAUGGACGGACUGACAGAGGAGAAGGAGGACACGGGGAGGGAGGCAAAGGCACUGAGGGAGGAGGCGCAGAGGUGGAGGGAGAAAGCAGAGGAGGAGGAGAAGGAGAGGGAGAGGAACGCCAAGGAGCUGAAAAUGAGAGAGGAGCGAAUCAGAGACCUGAUGGAGAGAAUAGUCCUUGUGGAGGGAGGGAGGGAGAGACUGGAGGAGGAGGUGAAGAGGAUAGAGGCCAAACUGAGAGAGGAGGAGGAGAGGGGGGAGGAGGAGAGGGAGAGGAGGAGGGAGGAGGCACGGCAGCAGGACGGAGAGAUGGAGGCGCUCUGCGACCGGAUGGAGAGACUAGAGAGAGAGAGAGAGCAGAGGGAGGGAGAGAUGGAGCGACUGCAGAGUAAAGUGACAUCUGUACAGAGGAGGGCAGAGGAGACGGCGAGAAGAGCAGAGGAGGAGGUGCAGAGCUGGAGACAGAGGGCAGAGGAGGUGCAGAGAGACAAAGAUAAGAUAAAAGAGGAGCUGGAGGCGGGCGAAUCUAAGAUGGACGGACUGAAAAAACGAGUGUCACUGCUGGAGAAAGAAAAGGAGAGACUGCAGAGUGAGGAGGAGACGAGGAGGAGGAAGGAGGAAGCGGAGGCGAGGGAGCGCGAGCAGCAGCUGAGAGCGAGGCUGGACGAGAGGGAGGGCGAGACGGAGCUGAUGAAGGUGAAGAUUAGCGUGGUGGAGGAGCAGAGGGAGGAGAUGAGGAGGGAGGUGGAGAGGAGGGAGAGGAGCCUGGAGAGGCAGAUGAGCGCCGUGCGAGAGAGCGAGGAGGAGGCGCAGGAGCUGAGGGAGCGACUGCGUCUGCUGGAGGAGCAGGAGGAGGAAGGCACGAGGGAGCGAGAAGAGGUGAAGGAGAGGCUGAAGCAGAAAGAGCAGAGGGAGGAGCAGCUGGCGGCAUUACUGCGAGAAACCAGAGCUCUCCUGGAGAAAAACAGGAGAGAAGGAGGAGAAAAAGACGACAAGAUCUCCUCCCAGGCCAGGGAACUCCUCCGGGCCCGGGCAGAGAGUGAGGAGGCCAGGAGGAGGGCCAGAGAGAGGGAGGAGGCCAGCGACAUGCUGGAGGAGGAGGUGAAGGAGUGGAGGCAGAGGGCAGAGAGACGGGCAGGGGAGGUGACCAAGCUCGCCCAGCUGCUGAAGGAGAGCGAGAAGGAGGUGAAGGAGCUGAAAGCCACACUGGAGGAGAGAGAGGAGGAGGAGGGGAGAGACAGGGAUGUGCUGAAGAGGGCAGAGGAGGAGAGGAGGAGGAGGUUGGAUGACAAACUGAAGGGGACAGAGGAGGAGAGGAGGAGCCUGGAGGAAAAGCUGGGGGAGGUGGAGGAGGAGAGGGAGGCAGAGAGGGAUGUUCUGAGGAGAGUCAGGGAGGAGAAGAGGAGGCUCGAAGAUGAAGUGAAGAUGCUGGGGGAACAGAGAGAGGGGGAGAAGGAGGCACUGAGGAGGACGGAGGACAAGAGGAGGAGGUUAGAGGACAAACUGAGGGAGGUGGAGGAUGAGAGGGAGGGACAGAGGGAGGAGCUGAGGAGCAUGAGGGAGGAGAAAAGGAGGCUGGAAAACAAACUGAUAGAGAUGAAAAAUAACACGGAGGGACAGAAGGAGGUGCUGAGGAGGACAGAGGAGGAGAGGAGGGGGUUAGAGGACAAACUUAAGAAGAUGGAGGACAAGAGGGAGGAGGAGUUGAAGGGAGAGAAGGAGGCAGUGAGGCGCGUCAGGGAGGAGAAGAAGGUGCUGGAAGACGAACUGAUCGAGAUGGAGAAGGACAUGGAGGGACAGAAGGAGGCGCUGAGGAGGACAGAGGAGGAGAGGAGGCAGCUUGAAGAUAAAGUGAAGAUGACAGAGGAACAGAGGGAGGCAGAGAAGGAGCUGCUGAGGAUGGCGGAGGAGAAGAGGAGGAGGUUGGAAGACAGACUGCAGACAGUGGAGGAGCAGAGGGAGGAGGAGGUGAAGGCACAGAGGGAGGAGCUCAGGAACACAGAGGAGGAGAAGUGGAGGCUGGAGGACAAACUGAGGGAGGUGGAGGAGGAGCAGUCUAGAACACUGAGAACACUGGAGGAGGCACAGAGAGGGACGUCCAGGCUGAAGGAGCUGGAGGAGGAGAAGAAUAGCCUGGCUGAGGAGCUGAGAACGACAGAGAGGGAGGCGGCAGCCCUGAGGGAGGAGGUGCAUAAGGAGCAGAGGGAGGCGGCUGCCCUGAGGGAGGAGUUGAAGAAGGAGCAAAGGGAGGCGGUGGCCCUGAGGGAGGAGGUGCAGAGAGAGCAAAAGGAGGCGGCGGCCCUGAGGAAGGAGGUGCACAAGGAGCAAAGGGAGGCAGCGGCCCUGAGGGAGGAGGUGCAGAGAGAGCAACAGGAAGCGGCGGCCCUGAGGAAGGAGGUGCAGAGAGAGCAAAAGGAAGCGGCGGCCCUGAAGAAGGAGGUGCAGAAGGAGCAAAGGGAGGCGGCGGCCCUGAGGGAGGAGGUGCAGAGAGAGCAAAAGGAAGCGGCAGCCCUGAAGAAGGAGGUGCAGAAGGAGCAAAGGGAGGCGGCGGCCCUGAGGGCGGAGGUGCAGAAAGAGCAAAAGGAAGCGGCGGCCCUGAGGGAGGAGGUGCAGAUGGAGCAAAGGGAGGCGGCGGCCCUGAAGGAGGAGGUGCAGAAGGAGCAAAGAGAGGCGGCGGCCCUGAGGGAGGAGGUGCAGAAGGAGCAAAGAGAGGCAGCAGCCCUGAGGGAGGAGGUGCAGAUGGAGCAAAGGGAGGUGGCGGCCCUGAGGGAGGAGGUGCAGAAGGAGCAAAGGGAGGUAGCGGCCCUGAGGGAGGAGGUGCAGAAGGAGCAGAGGCAGAGAGAGGAGGCGCAGCAGAGUGUGGAGGUGCUGCGAGGAGAGGUGCAGCAGCUGGCUGGCAGUCGGGGGCGAGCGAGGCAGGAGGUGCAGCAGAAGGAGGAGGAGCAUCAGAGGAUGAGGGCGGGGCUUCAGGCGGCUCUGGAGGAGAUGAGCACGCUCAAACGGCUCCUGCAGGAGAGCCACGCCGAGGGGGAGCGUCUGAGGAGCGCCCUGAGGGAGCGCAAGGAGGAGCUGCAGAGAAGCAGGGAGGAGAACCUGCGGGCCGUCCGGGAGGAGGUGCAGAGGGAGAGGAGGGAGAGGGAGGAGGAGAGAGGAGAGCUGGAGGAGCUGAGAGCCAGAGCUAAAGCUUUAGAGCAGAGGAGGCGGGAGAUGCUGGAGGAGACGGAGGAGGUGCGACGGGGGAAGCACAGGGCGGAGGAGGAGAGGAGGGAGGCUGAGGAGCGGUGGAGGACUUGGACGGAGGAGGCGCAGAGGAGAAGGGAGGAGCUGGAGGAGAAACUGAAAGCAGCUUCCAGAGAAAUCCAGAGGCUGCAGGAGAGAGAGGAGAAGGUGCGGAGGGAGUGGAGGAGCAGGCAGGAGGAGACAGAGAGGCAGCUGCAGGAGGUGAAGAAGGAGGCGCAGGCAGAGAGAGAGGAGCUGGAGGAGAGCCGGGCCGAGCUGUGCCGAGUCAGAACCAUGGUGGCCUUGUUGGAGGAGGAGAAAACCCAGAGGGAGACCCAGGAGGAGGAGGAGGAGGUGAGGAGGAGGGACGAGACCGACGGACAGAGGAGAGCUCAAGGGAGCAACGACAAGCACAGGAGGAGAGGAGGAGGAGCCAGAGCACAGGAGGAGGUGCAGGAGCGCAAGGAGAGAGAGGAGAUCAGGAGGCUGCUGAGGCUCCGAGACGCCGAGGUGUUCAGUCUGAAGCAGCGGACAGAGGAGCUGGUGAAGGACAGGGAUCGCGUGCGAUUGGCUUUGGAGCAGACGGAGGCCGCUCUGAUUGGCUACAGGGAGAGAGUCCACCAGCAGGAGGGGGCGGAGCCUAACCCAGCCGAGGACAGGCUCCGCCCCCUGCAGACGGCCGUGGCGGAGCUGGAGCUGCAGCAGAGGAAACUGAACAGCAGAAACUGUCGCCUGCAGAAACAAAACGAGCGACUGAAGAGAGAGAGGAGCUGCCUGAGAGAGACACUGACACAGGUGGAGCAGGACAGAGUGGGACUGGCUCAGCGGCUCAGCAGGCAGCAGGAGAACGGGGAGCCCGGAGGAGCAGAGACAGAAGAACAACUGAGGAGCAGGAUGAGGGAACUGGAGGAGCAGGUUCAUCACCUUCGUCUCUCUCUGGCUCUGGACCAGCAGGAGAGGGUGGAGUUUAUCGAGCGCUCCUCCAAAAACAGCCAAUGGCUGCUCUCGCUGCGGCAGGACCUCACUGAUUCGCUGGCCGUGGUCUCCCAGCAGCCAAUCCCAUCGGUCCUGGAGUCCGAGACGCUGCGAUUGGACAGGAGUCUGCGGGAGGAGGAGCUCAGGAUGUCCCUCAGCCAAUCAUAAAGCUCAGGAACUGAAAAAAAUCUCUUUCAACCAAAUGCUUCACCAGACAAUCUGCUCUGCAGUGAUGCAUUAUGGGAAGUUUGGCAUUCAUUAGCCGGUCAGAGUUGGGCUAUUUCCCGACUUUCCUGCGGCACAUAAACACAGCAUCACAGAGGCUCCUUAUCGUACUACACACACGUUAUUAUAUUUAUUGUCUCUUUGUUGUCAUUAACAUGCUGCGUGUGUGUGCGCGCGCUCAUUCAGCGCUCAGAGUUAGACUUUCCCAGGUGACCUGAAUGCAUCGUGCAGAGAUCAUAAGGUCAGACAGAGCCGUGGAAUUAAAUCGUAAUUAAACAUUAAUUAUCAGAACGCUGGCGUCCAUCAGGCUAGGUUACUGAAGGGUCAGCUUUAAUGGGACAUUUCCACUGUUUUAUUUAUUUUUUUCUAUUGUUAAAAUCAUAUUUCUGUCUCAGUUUGUUAUUUUCACGCUUCUGUCUUUGAGCUGAAGGAGGUUAGCACUACGUUUCCCAUGAUCCUCCAGGCCCAGCUCAGUUGUUAACUCUGUUAUCAGCUUUGUAUUUGUAUAAAGUUUGUAUAAAGUACAAUAAAAUCACAUAUUUUUUAAGGUG